AUGGUGAUCGGGGGUGGGGGUGAGGGGAAGCGCAAGGGCUUCAUCCGACUGGCCAUGCAGGCCGGUGCUGACGUCAUCCCCGUCUUCGCGUUCGGCCAGUCACAGACCUACAAGUGGCUGCGGCCGGGGCCGCCCUUCGUGUCGGACGCCUUUGUGAAAGCGCUCUCGCGGCGGAUAGGCAUGGCGCCGCUCCUGCUGCUGGGCCGCUGGGGCACGCCGAUCCCGCACCCCGCGCGGCUGACGGUCGCGGUCGGCGCCCCCAUGAGCCUGCCGCGCCACGACUCGCCGCCGGAGGAGCUCGUGCAGCAGCACCUGGAUCGCUACAUAGCCGAGCUGUCGGCGCUUUUCGAACGGCACAAGGCGGCCGCAGGCUACAAAGACCUAGAGUUGCGAAUCCUGUGA